CAGCGCCUCCUCGGUGCACGAGGCGAGACGCUCCGGCCCGGCCCCCCGCUUCUUCCUCUCUCUCCUCGCCCCGAGGUGCUUUGGCCUUGUGCAGCCACUCCGUCGCGGUGGGUUCCCUUUCCGUUUCGAUCGGAACGGUGGCUGGCCGGUGGGUUUCCGGCGGUGGUUCUGCGCUCGGGUGGGCGUGGGCGGAGGAGCGUGUCGCAGGCCAGGGGCGGAUGGCGGCUACGGGCCCGGCGGCGGCAGGGUGGCCCGAGCGCCUCGGCGACCCCCGCGGCUCUCUUCCUCAUCGCCCUCCUCCUCCGCGCGCCGCAGAAGGGCGUCGAGGCGGCGACGCGGGGAAGGCGGAGGCGGAGGCGGCGGGCGACGGUAUCCGGAGCACGUCGCGUGGCGGUGCCGUGGCGAGGAGCGGCGUGGUGGCGCUGGCGGGCCCGGACGCGGACGCGGCGGGCGUCGCGGGUGCUUCAGCCGGCGACAGCGCGGCUGGGGUGGUGGAUGCGCCGCGGGAGGGAAGCGGAGGCGGCGAGGUGGGGAGCAAGAGGUCGUCCUUCGCCUUGGCGGCGCCGCGCGCGUACACGCCGCCCAAACGGAGGCUGGUCUCCGCCACGCGCCGGUUCCCGCCAGGGUGCGGGAGGGGCGUCGACGCCAGUUCACGGCUCGUGGCCGCGCCCGCGCCCCGCUCCGACGGUGGUUCUGCUGCGUCGCCUAAGUCGGCUCCUCCUCCUCUCUCGAUCGGCGAGGCUGGUUCUGUUGUGCUGCCGAAGGUGUCUGCUGCAGUUGUUCACCGUCCGGUUCCGGGCGGCGGUUGUCACGGUCCAGUUGCUGGGGCGCUGAGAUCACCAGAGCCUUCCCGCCGGAGUCUCGUUGCUGCUGCAGUUAGUUUGCUGGACAAUGAUCCACAAGGUGGUGCAGGGAGGGGUGGUGAAUUUGGGAGCGGCAAGCAGUUGGUACCAGCCACUCGGUUGCCACCGAAACCGAGGACGAUGGUCUCCACCAUCCGACGCUUCCCGGUCGGGUGCGGGAGGGUCAAAGCGUCGCAAUCUCUCAACAAGUCUGCAGACAAGUGCCUCCGGACAGAGAGCAAGGAGUCUUCCACGGCUAGGGGCUCCUUUGGUCCCAAGAAGAAGGUGGUUGUAAAAGAUCCAGCUCAUCUUCGGCUGAAGGUUGCCUCUGCAUGCACAAUGGGCACCAUCAAUAAACUGGAUCAAGUGGUGGCUUCCAUGUUGGAAGAUGAUGGCUUCUUGAAGGCAAUAGCUGCUUAUGACAGAAAGCUUGAACUGAAGCUCAAUGUUUCAUCAAUUGUUCCUUCUGUGAGGUGCCAAAGGCAAUCUGGAACCCAGAAUGCGGAUGCCAGGUGUAAAGUCAAGAUGAUGUGCAUGAGGUUCCGGUUUAUAUGCAGGGCUAUAGUACAAAUUGUGGAACAGAGCUCGCUGAAGAUUAGUAGAAUUGACCUUGCAGCUGAUAAAGUGAUCAAGAAAUCGCCAGGAUUUACCCAACAUGAGCCUGUCAUUGGAAACGUUCCUGGAGUUGAAGUUGGUGAUGAAUUCCUGUACAGGGUUGAGCUGGCCCUUGUUGGUCUCCACCGACCGUACCAGGGAGGCAUUGACACCACCAGGGAUGAAAAUGGUGUGCUUGUUGCAAUCAGCAUUGUUGCUUCUGGAUGUUAUCCUGAUGAGCUAUCAAGCUCGGGUGAAUUAGUAUAUACUGGUUCUGGAGGAAAGUAUGCUGGUAAGAAGACUGAUGAGAAUCAACAGCUUAAGAGGGGUAACCUAGCCUUGAAGAACUGCAUCCAAAUGAAGACUCCUGUCAGGGUGAUUCACGGCUUUAAAGGUUUGAGUAGAGAAGAAGGCAGUCAUUCAAGGGCCAAAAGAGCUUCAGCUUUCACAUAUGAUGGUCUGUACCAUGUUUUGGAUUGCUGGAGAGAAGGUCAGGCAGGUUCUAAGGUGUUCAAGUACAAGUUACAAAGGAUUCCUGGGCAACCAGAAUUGCCCCACAGCAAAACUGCCCGCGGCAGCUAAACUGGUAUCAUGUGUUGAAGACUUGGCCUACUGGGUUCACCCACAUCAGACGUCAUUGACUCCAUUGUUUUGCUGGUAGACCGGAGAACAUAUAUCCGUGCAGCUCAUCCUACCUUGUCACUAAGCUUGUAAUGUUACUCUCUGCACAAUGUUACCUAUUGCGACAGCUGCUGACGCGUCCUAGUUCUUUGUCAGUUGCGAAAGCUGCUGAAGUUUCUGAGUUCCUUACCGCUCACGUGAACCCGAUGUUUCCGAGUGCACCAGAGCAGAGCCUUGAGAGGUGCGGUUCAGCACAAGAUGGAUUGAGAGCAAUUUGCAUCAGUAACGAGCCUAACCUUGCCCUGACAGUGCACGAACUGCUGCAGCGCAAGGUGUAGAGGCAGCUUGCAACAAAUAGUGAUCAUCUUAAGGGAGUAUGCAUGGUAGUUCCAUUGGACGUGGCUGGUGUUGUAGUGUUGCUCUUUUUGGCAGUAUAGCUUGUAACUGACCGUGUAGUGUUGCUGCUGCUUUUGGAAUACGCCCAAGGAUUGUGUGCUAUGUGCCUAUGUCCAGGAUGGCUCACAUGAGAACCGGCUAUGUAUCUGUGUAUGUAAGCAGCCUAAAACAUGAUCACAAAUUUAUCCAGAACAUGGAACGGGAGGAUUGUCUAGGCCGAUGUUAAAGGGGAGUUGUUCUGUUUCUUUGACAAG